AUGGCCAACGUCGUUAGUCCUGUUGUGGAAUCUUUGACCGGUCAUAUCAAAAAGCACCUAGGAUACGCCAUUUGCUCCACAAGGCAUGUUAAGAACAUGGAAAAAAGAAAGAAGGUUUUGGAGAAUAGAUGCGCUGAUGUCAAAAAACUCAUGGAGAGAAACAUAAUAAAUGGUAAAGAGAUACCAACAGGUGUAGAUGAUUGGUUGAAUGAUGUUGAAGAUCUAAAGAAAAAAGUUCAAAGCAUUCCAGGUGACCGCAUUGGAUGUUUGAACAUGUUCAUGAGGUACCAAGAUGGAAGAAAAGCUUGUGAGUAUACCGAGGAGAUAGAAGAACUUAUUACAACAAAUUCUGGAUUUAAUUGGUCCAAUGCCCGAAUACCCACAGGAAGAGUCAAUUCCCAACCCACAUCAUCCACUACUUCCAUGCCAUCACCAGUUGGAUAUGUGUUCAAGUCAAGAGACAAGCCAUUCAACGAUGCAUUGAAGUUCCUUCAACAAGAUAAUACUAAGAGUCAAGUGAUAGCAUUGUGUGGAAUGGGUGGCAUUGGCAAAACCACCAUGAUGGAACAACUCAAAGUCGAUAAAAAUGUCACCAAGUUGUUUGAUUAUAUUGUGAAGGUGGUUAUUGGGAGAGAUCCCAACAUGCAAAACAUUCAGAAUGAUAUAGCAUUAUACCUAGGAGGCGAAGGUCUACUGGAAGCCACUCAAACAUUUAGGGCAGACAAUCUUUGUACAAAAUUCAAAACAAUAUUGGAAAAAGGAAAAAAGAAGAUUCUAGUUAUACUAGAUGAUGUGUGGGAGAAGGUUAACCUCCAAGAUAUUGGACUAACAAGUCCCUUGCCAGAAGGAGUCAAGUUAUUGCUCACAUCAAGGAAUUCUAAUAUUUGCAAACAAAUUGCAGCUGAUGCUCGCUCAACUUUUCAAGAAGUUAUAAUCGAUGUCUUAGAGGAGGCGGAAGCAAAGAAAUUCUUUUUUGAAAUUACAGAAGUUCUAGAAGAUGAUCAUGAUAAGUAUCUAACAGGGUGCAAUAUUGUCAAGAAAUGUGGUUGUUUGCCACUUGCCAUUAAAUUGAUUGCAUCAACCCUUAAAUCUCAAGAGGAUUAUGUAUGGAGUGAUACACUUAACCGCUUGAAUAAUAAUGAUCUCGAUGAUAAUGUGAAGGAAAUUGUCAAGAUAAGCUAUGAGUAUAUAAAAGAUGAGAAUAAAGAGAUUUUUCUGCUGUGUGGCUUGUUUCCUGAGGAUGCUAAUAUCCCAAUAGAAGACUUGAUGAGAUAUGCAUGGGGCCUAAAAUUGUUCAAAAAGGUUCCCACUUUAAAAGAGGCUAGACAACGGACAUAUACAUGUGUUAGCAAGCUCAUAAAUGCAAACUUGUUGAUCAGUAGUGAUCAUGUUAGGUGUGUUAAACUGCACGAUAUUGUCCUUGCUUUUGUGUUAGGUGAAGUUUCUAAAGAGUAUUAUGCAUGUCUUAUUAACCACGGCGAUGUAUCCAAGUGGGAUGAAGAUGAAAUUGGUGAGUCUUGCAAAAAGAUUUCAUUAACAUGCAGGGGCCUCAAACAUUUUCCAAGACACUUCAAGUAUCCAAACUUGUCCCUUUUACAACUUAUGCAUGGGGAUGAGUCGCUCAAGUUUUCGGAAAACUUUUACGAGAAUAUGGAAAAUCUUGAAGUCAUAGCAUACUAUGAAAUGUCGUAUCCAUUGCUUCCAAGGUCCCUUAAAUGCUCUACAAACCUAAAAGCACUUUGUCUCCAUAGUUGCAAAUUGAUGUUUAAUGAGUGCUCCUUCAUUGGAGAUCUUGUGAAUUUGGAAGUGCUGAGUUUUGCACAUUGUGCAAUCCGCAAGUUACCGGCUACGAUAGCAAAUCUGAAAAAGCUAAAACUACUAGAUUUGACAGGAUGUGUUGACCUUCAUAUUGAUGAUGGUGUCUUCAACAACUUAGAAAGACUUGAAGAGCUUUAUAUGAGAGUUUCUGAAGGGGAAGGUGUUAGAUUCACAAAUGCCAAUAUUGAAGAACUGAGGAUGCUUUCAAGCCAACUUUGUGCAUUAGAGGUCGAGUUCGUUGAGAAAAACACCUGGCCAGAAAAUUUUUCCUUUGAGAAACUUGACAAGUUCAAGAUAUCUAUAGGCUGUCAAUUGGAAGAAUAUGAGUACACUGAAAAAUAUUCUUAUGAAAAAACAUUGAAGCUUGUGACUGAGUGUAGUAGCCAACUUGAGGCUUGCAAAAUUAAUGAGAUGUUAAGAAAAACAGAGCAUCUUCAUUUACAAGUAAAUGAUAUGAUUGGUCUUGAAGAUAUUUCAAUCAGUCCAUAUGGUCAACGCUCAUGUUGCUCUUUAAUAGAGCUUGAGAUUUGUAAUUGUGUAAACUUGAUAUACCUCUUCCCAAUGUCGGUAGCAAGGAGUUUGAAGAAACUUGAACGCCUCACAGUUUUGUCAUGCUCUGUUUUAAAAGUGCUGGUACAAGAUGAUGGAAGGGAGAUUAAUAGUGCAGGUGAGAUGAUUAAAUUCGAGAAGCUAAAGUUUUUGUCUUUGAAAAAGCUACCAAAACUGGAAAUAUUGUUCAACAUUGAGGAUGUAGUUGAGCUACCGCAACUGGUUAGAUUGGAAGUUGAGGGGCUUCCCAACUUCACUAGCAUUUAUCCUGACAAGAACAAUAGUUGUGCACUCUUGAAUAGCCAGGUUAGAAUUCCAGAGUUGGAGGAACUGAGUAUAAAGUCUAUGGAGAAUUUGAAGCAGAUAUGGGAUGACAAUAAUAAUAUCUCCACGUUGAGAAAGAUUUGGGUGCAGGAGUGUGAUAGUCUUGUGAAUCUGUUUCCAUCCAAUCCAAUGCGAUUACUGGACCACUUAGAAAGAGUUUGGGUUAGUAACUGUAGGUCCAUUGAAGUGAUAUUCAACAUAGACCUGGAAUGUGUUGGCCAAGUUGAACUAGUUACCAACAACAGUUUGAGAAGCAUUUACGUGAUUAGUUCUGAUACGGUAAGAGAGGUGUGGAGGAUAAAAGGUGGUGAAAAUAACUACUCUAGUAAACUCACAUGUGCCUUUGAAGCUCUUAAAUGGAUAGACAUUUUUAAUUGUAAAAGGUUUAGAAACAUAUUCACACCAACCAACACCAACUGCAAAAUUGAUAUGCCAGCACUAACAAAUAUGAGAAUUCUGUACCCAGAAACCGGGAACCGGCAAGAGGAAGAGGUUUGGUCGAGGGAAGAGAGAGAUGAUAGUACUUCAAUUGUUGCAUUCCCAUCCAAUCUCAUACACUCUUUCCAUAAUCUUCAAGAACUUUCUACAGGGAUAUAUCAUGGUGUGGAUGCGAUGUUUGAGAUAGAGAGUAGUCUUGCAGGUGGUAGAGAAUUGGUAACAACUACAAAUAAUCAACAACCACUACUACCCAAUCUCCAAUACUUAGAAUUACAGUAUAUGGAUAGCAUUAGUCAUGUGUGGAAGUGCAGCAACUGGAAAAAAAUCUUAAUUCUUCAAAAACAAUUCUCAUUCCAAAACCUCACGACCAUAUUUAUAUUGGGUUGCAAAAGGAUUAAAUACUUGUUUUCACCUCUCAUGGCGAAACUUCUUUUGAACCUAAAGAAAAUUGAUAUAGUAUUCUGUGAAGGUAUGGAAGAAGUUGUUUCAAGGAGAGAAUAUAAAGAUGAAGCAAUGACUACUACAAAUAAAACAACCACUUUCUUCCCUCAUCUUCAUUCCCUCUCUUUCAAAGGUCUGACAAAUCUAAAGCGUAUUGGGGGAGGUGUCAGUGCCAAGUCUUCAACUGGUAUCACCACUCAUGAUCAGUUUGAGUCUUCUCAUGUUACAUCAAUUGUUCCUUGGUCUUUAUGCCAAUACUCUAGAGAGAUAAUUAUACAUCAAUGUAAAUCAUUAUUGGAAGUAUUUGAAACUCAAUGGAUCAACAACAACAAUGGUGGUGGUAUUCCUAGUGUUAGCAUUGAUGAAAGAAAUAGUGGUAUCCAUAAUACAUCACUGGUCAUUCCAAGACCAGAAAAUAUUAAUUAUGUGCCACGAUUGGUUAAUCUAAAGAAGUUGGUAAUCACAUCUUGUAACCUUUUGAAGCAUGUAUUCGCGUUUUCCACACUUGGAAGCCUUAAACUCCUCGAAGAGUUGAUGGUAGAGAUGUGCGAGGCAAUGGAAGUAAUUGUUAAUAAAGAAAAUGAAGAGCAAAGAAAUAUUGUGGACUUUCCUCGUCUAAAGUCCCUUGAACUAAAAAAUCUACCAAAUCUUAAGGGUUUCUUCUUGGGGAUGAAUGAGUUCAAAUGGCCAUUACUUGUAAAGGUUAUGAUUGCUUACUGCCCAAAAUUGAUGGUGUUCACAUCUGGUCAGUCAACAGCUUUGAAACUCAAUUACAUGCAUACAAGCUUAGGCAAACAUAGUCUUGAAUGUGGCCUUAACUUUCCCGUGACUGAACUUCAUCAGGUAUGUUUAUUAAAUAUUCGUUGUGUGUUUUAAUUUUCACGUGACAAGAAUUUUUAUUAUAUA